AUGUUUGGUCUUCCUGGACUUUUAUGUACAAUAGAUCAGAAAGGUGAAGCUAGUAGUGUCGUAUUAGAAGAUGUAGACCGACAAAACGAUGGCGCCUCCAUAAACAUUUAUGGGCCAAAGGGACUUCGCAGAUUCCUUCGACUUGCUCUUGCAUUAUCAAGAGCUAAUUUAAGCUACACUUAUGCUGUUCAUGAGUUGAUACUAGAAGAAAAACAUUGUCCUCCAAAUUGGCAAGACUGGGCAUGUUUAGAGGCUGAUAUAACUCGAGAUCCCCCAUUAUUUUGUGAACGUUCUGGUAGAGACAUUUUUGCGAACAGUGAUGGAUUCUGGUAUAAUGUUACAAAUAAUGAAGAGAAAUGUGAAAUGGUGCAUGCAGUGUCUAUAAAACAUACGAUUCCUUCCGUAGGUUGGCUGAUAAUAAAGCCGGAUCAUGCACCUUCCUUGUGUGCUGAGACAGCUAUAAAAUUAGGCGUUCCCAAAGGACGAUUAAUGGGUGAACUGAAACGAGGUAAGACAGUUGUCAUUGAUGGUAAAACAGUUCGACCUGAAGAUGUGUUGAAACCGCGUUUAAGAGGUCAUCGUAUCGCAAUUAUGGGGGAUACGUAUGAUUCUUCUGAACUUUUACGUCUUAUGCAGGUUUUGCAUACUGCAAAUCAAAUUACUUCUAUAACUUUGGAUACCCUUGUACAUGAAGCUACUUUAGACGACAGUUUAUAUGAGGAUGCAUUGAGCAAAGGUCAUUCUGUACCAAGAGUUGUAAUGAAAUUAGCCUGUCAACUCAAUGUUCGUCAGUUAGUUUUAACACAUUUCAGUCAUAGAUAUGAUCGAAUAGAUUCUCUAGAUGAAAACACUAUAAAAAGUGAAAUUGGUGAACAGGUGAAUCAUUCAAAGAAAUCUAAAAAUGAUAAGAAAAACAAACCUAGUUUACAAAUUAUCUUAGAUCAAGCCAAAUCUACAGAUUUCAGUGGAGAUAUCAUUUUGGCUGAUGAUCAACUUUUAGUGAAAAUCCCCCCUGUAACACAAUAA